AUGUUGACCAGAACCCAUUAUUGCCCCCAUUCCGAUAAUGAUCGCAUGCUACGCGGGACCUGGUGCACGCCCGAGCAGUUCAAAGCCGUCGAAAAGGGGUACACUCUCAUCAAGAUCCACGAAGUCUGGCAUUUUCCCCCCGAGCAACGCCAAACGGGUCUUUUCGCCAAUUACGUCAACAUCUGGCUAAAGAUCAAACAAGAAUCGGCGGGGUGGCCCAGUUGGUGUCAGACCCUAGAGCAAAAACGAGACUAUAUUCUUUGCUACCAGGAACGGGAGGGCAUCCGACUGGACAUUGCCAGCAUUGCCAAAAAUCCCGGUCGCAAGGCCACGGCCAAACUGAUGCUCUGCAGCUUCUGGGGUAAAUUCGGCGAGCGGAUCAACAAACCCACCACCGUCACCGUCCAAAACCCCGCCCAUUUGUUCAGCCUCAUCUCCGAUGCCGCUCUCGAUAUCAGCACUCUCCGCCUCUGCACCGACGACAUCCUGGAGGCCGUUUACACCAGUGUCAAAGACAAUGCCGUCAAAGGCACCAAGACCAAUAUCUUUGUGGCGGCUUUCACCACUUGCCAUGCUCGACUGAAGCUCUACGAGUCCCUCGACACCCUUCAACAGCAAGUCCUUUACUACGAUACGGACAGUGUGAUCUAUCGAUGGCGUCCCAAUCAACCCUCCAUCACCACGGACGUCAUUACCGAGUUUGUUUCUGGGGGCGCCAAGAACUAUGGGUACCUAACACGCGCAGGCAAAGUGGUGUGA